AAACCCACCUCCACGAGGGGCACAGCUCCCAGUGCUAGGAACGCAGCUCCCAGCGUUGGUGCACUGUCUACGCUGGUGGUUUACAGCGCUGAAACUUGCUGCACUCGGGUGUGUUUUUUCACACCCCCGAGUGAGAAAGUUGCAGCACUGUAAAGUGCCAGUGUGGACGAGCCCUAAUUCGUGCAGAUGGGAGUCCUGUUGUCUUCAAUAGAUUCCAUGCAGGCAAGAUUGCAGGAUUAGGGACCUAAAUUGUAAGGCAGCCCGGUCAUGGGACUCUUUUUUUUUUAAUGGUCUUUGAAGGCUUAAGCGCAUCUCUGUUGAUUCUGGUUUAUUUAUCUGGUAUUCAAAGCUCACCUUUGGAAAUGCAUCUUUUUGGUUCUGUGUAACUUUUGUCCCUUUCAAAAAAAUUGCUCUCCUGGUUUUCAAAACUUUCUAUGGGCCUUCUUUUGAUUUGGUGUCAGGAUGGGUUUCGAUUGUUUAAUCUCCUCGCUUGGCUAAAUUAUGGCCAGCUAACAUGGCUCUAGAUGUGCUAGACUGCAUCUUGAUGGGGUUUUUCAAUGGUCUUGAGCUAACAUGAUCGAAAAACUCCCAUCCUUUUUGCAUCAAGAGAAGGCUAUGAGGUAACUAAAAAAAAAAAAUAAAGAUCUGCUGGUUCUAGUAAUUAGACUACCAGACUAUAUACUCCUUGUCUUGUUUGUUGUAACUAUUUUGCCCUUGUUUGUCUGAAGUUACUUCUGGGUACCCAGAGUAAUAAGGUCUUAGGUGCCAAAGUUGUUAUAGUUAAUGCUAAAAAGUAUUGGAAACAAGGGAUAAAAUAUCAUGUUUUAGGGUUUGAGCUGAUCUUUAAAAAUUAGGGGUUUGGAUGAGAGUAUCACAGGGAUCAAAUUACCCCAUAGGAGCCUAGAGUGAGGAUUUUUGCACCUUCCUCUGAACCAUCUGGACAGUAAUUGGACAGCCAUACUUGAUCAGAGGCAUGCCUCAUCUAGUCCACGAUUCCAUGUUGCUGUAAGCAGCUAUGUGCAGUUUUAGUCUGGAAGUUCUCCUGCUCUCUACCGUGAUACAGCUCUGCAUAAAUGGCCAGGUGCCUUACAUGUAAUUAUUUUUCCUUUGUGUAAAAGACUGGCUAUCUGGCACAGCCUGUAUUAAGGUGAUUUUUUGUGUGUUACAUUUUUAGGUUUCUUUUCCCGCAUGCCUCCAUACGCUCUAUUUCUUUUUCCAUCAUUGAGAGUCCCAGUACUCAGUAGAAUGUUCAUUCUUCCCGUCUGUAAGCAUUUUGUAAUGCUCCAUGGCAUGUAUUCAUUUAAAAAGCAGGAGAAAUCUCAUUGGGAAGUUCUCCAGCAGGAGCAGCGGCUGAUGGAAGAGAAGAAUAAACGCAAGAAGGCACUCCUGGCCAAAGCCAUUGCUGAAAGAUCCAGAAGAACUCAGGCUGAAACAGUGAAACUAAAGCGGAUCCAAAAAGAGCUACAGGCUCUGGAUGACAUGGUGUCUGCUGACAUUGGGAUCUUAAGAAACCGAAUCGAUCAGGCCAGCAUGGAUUAUUCAUUUGCUCGGAAGCGAUAUGAUAAGGCAGAGUCAGAGUAUGUAGCAGCAAAGCUAGAUUUCCAACGGAAGACUGAAAUCAAGGAGCGUCUCACAGAGCAUCUAUGCACUAUAAUACAGCAGAAUGAACUCCGUAAGGCCAAGAAGCUAGAAGAGUUAAUGAAGCAGCUGGAAGUGGAGGCAGAUGAAGAAAAUCUGGAACUUGAGAUUGAGGUGGAGCAGAUGCUGCAGCAGCAGGAGGUAGAAGCAGGGAGACAGGCUGCCCAGUCUCAGGAUCUGUCUCAGACUGCUGAGGAAAAUGCAGUUCCAUGUGCUACAGCGAAGGAGAAUGAGCACACUGGUGCUGCUUCUGAACAGUUAGUGGAGCAGCCUGGAAAUUCCUGUAGCAAGUCACUUUCAAAUAUGGGUAGCCAAAAUCAAUCAGUAAACACUACUCGGGAUGAAACCCCCGCUCGCUCUGAUACAUUAUUAUUAUAUGCAGAUGAGGUCCAUUCAUCCCCGGAUUUGCUCACUAUUUAUGGAGCUUUGUGAGACUGGGGCUUGCUAGGAGGGAGUACUAAGAAGUGGGCAGCAAUGUUUGUCUGUAGGCUAGGCUUGUGUGAGAGUGAAAAUUCCCAGCUAACCAUUGCAGACAUCAACCCAAGAAAGGGAGAUGAAAGGUGUCAUAAAAGGUUAGGUUUUAUUACAGAGAUGUUCUUUUCCUCAUGUACAUAGGACAUUUCCAAUGUGUCCACAAAUUUCCUUUGCAGAUUUCUUUUAAUCAUGUAAAACCCAGCAAGUUUUCCGAGACAUCCUUGGAUAUGGUAGCUGAUACUUUAGUCUGUAGAGAAUUAUAAACAGAUUUAGAUUUGUAUGUUGCUACAAAGGCCAGAUUGGCUGUAAUAUUUCCUGUUUAUAACUGGUGUCUAUUUUUUACAAAUUAUUGUAAAAAUUCUUAAUAUCUAGUCUUUGGAGUCUGAUUUGUGAAAUUACAGCAUCAGAUAGGUUACAAAAGUAUCAGCGUAAGGUAUGGUAGAAAGGAUGUGGUUGCAGACAGUAACAGUACACUAGAGAUCUGGCUAGUAUUGAGGCAAAUGCGGUUACAAAUAUUGUCUCAUUUUCAGUAACGUCAUAGCUGCCUUAAAUCCGAGACAUCAAACUGGUGUUGAUAAAAUCAUGAAUAACCCCAAAAGUAAAUGGGAACUAAGCCUUUCCAUACAUUAUGUAAUGUUCAGUAAAUUCAAGUUAACAACUUCCUUGUCCUAAAGGUUGGUGUGUAUAACCCUAGUAGAACCUUGUUAAUUUGCUCAAUUAUUGUUUUCAAAGGGAUUUUAAAAAAUCAUUCCAGAUGGGGAAAGACAAAAGAAUACAAUUCUGGUUUUGCAAUGACCUCUUGGAGUAAGGUGGUUUGCAGAGAGCCUAUGACGCAACCAUGAACCAAACAGAAAAUUUCAUAUCUUCUCUGCUACACAAUCUGCAGCUCUCUUUCACUAUGGAAAUUUUAACUGUUUCUCUUAUACUGAACGUUUGUGUGUCACAGUUUGACAAUCACUGGAGUGACCCCACCAAAUGCGAUUGUGAGGAACCAGUUAUCUAUUCAGUCAUUGAAAGCCAUGACACUUUAUUCACAAUUUUUAUUGUAAAAAUAAAUUAAUGUAUCUUC